AUUGGAAAUGCCUUAGUUUGUCAUGUUAUAGUUAGAGUGAAAUCCAUGAAGACUUCCCUGAAUUACAUCAUACUAAACCUCGCUAUACUAGACGCCAUAACUGGCUUUCUUGCGAUAUUUUGUACUUUGUCUAAGGACGUUGAAGGAGAUUUGGCUGCACCAAUGCUAGAGCAGGCCUACAAUAAAAGUAGCAUCGCUGCAGAAGUCGUUUGCAAGAUAGAAGCGGCUUUUUGGCUUGGAAGCAGUAUCUCUCCAUUUUUGUUGAUAGGAAUGGCAUACGAGCGAUAUAAAGCUAUUGUCCACCCUCUUUCAAGACUUCAUGGGAUUGCUAUACAGAAGGUUGUUAAGAUAUUAUGCUUUUCCUGGAUUGGAGGAUUUAUAUAUUUCAUCGUAGACUUGGCUGUAGUAAAGUAUGAUUCUACAAAAUCAUCUUGUGUAGUUGUAAGCAACUCUUGGUUUAAUAACCAAGCUUACCACAUCGGGCUUCUUAUUUCAUUCUACAUUAUUCCUUUCAUUGUCAUAUUAUUUCUCUAUCUUCGUAUAAUCAUUGCUCUAAGAAGACAAGACAAACAGAUACUCGGAACACAACGAGCUGAAGCUCAAACAGCAAGAACAAGAACACGGAAUAGAGGGAUCGUCGUAGUUCUCAUGGCGACAAUUAUAUUUUGCAUAUGCGUUUGUAUUCCCCAAGGUUUAUAUCUCGCAAGUGUGAUAGUCAAAACCUUAUUUAACCCGAGCGAGAUUCGACUAUUUCAUGAUAUAUAUGUGACAUUGGUUGCAUUUAAUUGUGCGUUUAAUCCUUUUGUUUACUUUAUCUUCAUCAAAUCAUUUCGCGAUGGUUUUAAGAUUGCUUUCAAACUUAAACAAAAUGACGGAAAUACAGUUUGCAAUCUUAAUAAAGUGAAGAUCUCACAAGUCGCCGCAUCAAGAAUAAACGCCCAAACUGCUCAUAAUGAAUUUCAACCCCAACAACUUGACUCUAAUUGUUUGCCAAAUGUAUGA